CAUGGCUGCCGAUUGAAAAAGGCGCAUCCGCAACCCCCGGUUGACUUGAGGCUCAAAAAAGAGAGUACUUGUUUAUUUAUGAAGCCUGGGCACCAUGACGUUGCAAGCCGCCAUCUUGGGUCGACUCAUGAACGAAAUUCAGGCACAAUAAUGUUUCGCGUUGGCAAAAAUACCCAGCUUCUAAGGCUUAAGUGUGUGUCAAGUACCUUGCCAUGUUCUAAGACGUCAUUCCAAAUUUGUACAAGUUAUACAAAACCUGGCCGUCCUCCAUUGUCUGCAAAAAGAUUUCUGUCCACAAAUACCCCAAAGAAAAACAAUUCUCUUGGACGUAAGAUAGCUGGGACUAUAGCUCUGAUCACUGGAGGUGGACUUGUUGGUGGAACUGUUCUCUACAGCUACAAUGAAGACUUCCGCAAGUUUGUUGACCAAAGCCUUCCAAUUAUAGAAACAUUUAACCUAGCUCUUGGUCCUGCAUUAAAAUCUAGUGUAGAAAACAAUAAUAACAAUGGUAAAGAGCUUAAACCUAAAUACACUGAAAUAAAGCCAUUUAUAGAUGUAAAACAAAAAGAAAAUGAAAAACCUAAAGAGCCAGGUGGUGUUAAACCUAAUGCAAAGAAAAAUGUUGCAUCGUUGUCAUCCCUAGAUCAGGCAACAGUCUCCUCGGUAGACUUAGAUAUUGCAUCAGUUGUGGAAGAUGAAGUUAAACAAGUACCAAAAGAACCCCCAGCACCAACCCCUAAAACUGAACAAAAGUCAGCCAAGGAGAGUGUUUCUGAUAAGUUAAAAGACUCUGUUGCUAGUUUUGUGUCUGCUGUAGAUCAACCUACAGUGUCGGCAGUAGAUCAAACUAUAGCAAAGGGUAGUAAGCCAAAACCACCUCCAGUAAUCAAAGAGGUAGACAGCACAACUGAGGAUAUCAAACUCCAAGCAAAAGAAGGUUCUGUCCAUCAGGACACCAGCCUUACUGAAAAGGAACUGAAUGACAUGGUUGACCAAACAGCUAUGGAAAUAAUGGUUGAAGAAGCUUUGUUAGUUUUAAAAAACAGUGCACAAGAAGCUGUGAAUGCACAGCAAAAAGCUACAGACUCGGUUCUAUCCCAUAUCAAGCUACUGAAGAAUGCUUUGGAGCAGGAAGAUGCAGGAAGCAUGAAGGAACUGAGUAAAGUCGUACUUGAUGCACAAAAGGAUGCCGACACUGCUAUCAGUGAAGGCAAAGCAUCUCAAGUUAAAGUCAACCAGGAAAUAGCAAAGCUCUAUGCUGUUAUCAAAGAAGCUGAGGCUUCAGGAGCCAAGGAUGCUGGAUUGAAGGCCUCUGAACAGGCAGCAAGAAUAACUUAUGAAGUGACAAAUAUAGCAUCUGAACUACAGAAGGCCGAGUCAGAAGACACAUUGUUGCAGCAGCAUCAGAAAUUUCUAGAUGAAAGCAAACACAUGCUAAAGAAAGAGAUUGAGGAAGUUUUGCCAGGGGUCUUGAAAGAAACCACAGGCACAGGAAAGAAAGCUGACGAAGCAAAGUCCAACGCAGUUCUGUUGGCCUAUGCAUGCAAAAGAAUAGAACAUCUAAAGCAAGAAUUGGCCAGUCAUCGUGAAGAAGAACGAAAGAGGCUGGAACAGGUUCUCAGUGUACAACGCAAAGAAGAUGCAAAACUGGCUGAAAUUAAAAUAAAACAAGAACUGGAGAAAUUGAGGGCUGAAUUUCACAUUUCACAGAAGAAAAGGGAAUCUGAAUUAGAUUUAGAACACGAAACAAACCUACGCCAACAACUGCGCAGACAAGCUGCAGCAUAUAGUGAUCAUCUAACAGAAGUACUGAGAGUACAGUCUCAGGAACUACAGCAAAGGUACGACCAGGAGUUAACCAAAAAACAAAACGAAGAGAAAGAAGAAUACAGCAAUAAGCUCAAAGCAGCUUUGUCAAGGCUGCGUGGUAUAGAGGCUGCAAUGGAUAGCCGUGCAGAUAUUGAGAAAUCCAACAAGACAGCGCAAGACUUGUUUGUGGCUUGUCAAUCUCUUCAGUCAGCCAUCGAUAGCGGAGUAAAGGCACUUAAACCUCUUUUUCCCGAAGUAACUGCCAUUCAAAUGGCUGCGCCCAAUGAUACUGCUGUGUCUAGGGUACUAGCAGCUGUACCGGAAGAAGCUCUAGAGAGAGGUAUUUACAACGAGAAAAACCUUGCCUCUCGCUUCCCUGGAGUUUUAAAGUCCUGCAGACGAGUAGCGAUGGUUGGUGAAGAAACCAAAGGUCCUUGGACUUAUUUUCUCUCUUACAUUCAGYCUUUCUUUAUUAUCGAUAAAUUUGAUCCUCGUAAGGAUGGAGAAUUGAUUGAUGUUGAAAAUAUGGACACUUUUGGACUUCUUGCUCGCGCCGAAUACUACGUGAGCAAAGGGGACCUGGAAGUAGCCGCCCGAUUGGUCAACCAGCUGAAGGGUGAACCGCGAAAGGUUGCUAAUGAUUGGUUGAAAGAGGUUCGAUUGCUACUGGAAACUAAGCAAGUUGCAAGGUUUCUUACUUCGUAUGCAGCGUCUUUAGRAAUGGGUGGGCUUGAGAAUUAAAGAUUUUAGGCUUUAUUCAAAGAAAAAUAAUUUUCCCUACAAGGGUAGUGCCGGAUUUAUUGUAAAGUUUGAAAAGAUAUUGUGUGGGCUUUUGUUGUCGAUCCCAACCAAAUAAAGCAGUAUUGAAUACUUCACAAAAGAUGCUUCAAAAAUUAUACUAAACUUAGCAUUAAUUUUUGAAUGGAUAGAAUGCACGCAUUAAAACCGUGAACAUUAAAUAGUACUAAAUAGUACUAUUUCAUACAGAAUCCUUUGUUUUCUAUUGUUUGAGUAUCACUAUUUAGUACUAAAAAUUAGUAUUUGUUUCACGGAUUUAGUGUGAGCACUCUAUAAAAAUGUUACUAGGUUUCUAUUACUCGUGAUUUAUUUGUAUCGAAAAGUAAAUAAGCUGAAAACAAAAUGAAUGAGAAAUUAGACAAAGUUAAAAAUAAAGCCCAAUUCUACGUUAKUGGGAAUAAAACAGCAUAAACGAA